UGUGCCUUCUGGUGACUGGAAGCUUCUGGAUCCGAGCAUUCUUGCUCUCAGUAACAGCUUCUCUAGACUGAAGGUUGAUGCCAGUAAGAUCAUGAGGGUUAGCUCCAGUAUCACCAUUUCCCCCUCCUGCAAAGAAAUUGACGAAACAUCCCACAAGAAGGAAGACAGUUGCCUAAUUCAGAACUGGGCAGAAAACCACACUGAGGCAGCCUGGCAACACGAAGUUUUGCUGAAGAAGCAAGGUGCUAUGAAGGGAAUCCAGGGACACUGCAAUUCCUGUUACCUAGACACAACCCUUUUCAGUUUAUUUAGUUUCUCCUCUGCCUCAGAUAGCAUUCUUGAUUCUGCUGAGGUGCAUGAUACAACAGCACAGCAAAUACUGAGGCAGCAGAUUGUGAAACCAUUGAGACAGCAUGGCUACGUGGGAGCUGAGAGUGUGAUGAAUUUAAGGAGGCUGCUGCGAUCAGACAGUUUCAUUACAGAAGAGAAAGAUCCAGAGGAAUUCCUAAAUGUCCUUCUAGGAGAGGUCCUGGCUAUAGAACCCUUGCUCAAGAUCAAGGCAGGCGACCAAGUGCUGGAGUAUAAUUGUUAUCAAAUCCUUGUGGAGAGAGAUGGUAUGGUCCAAAUGCCCACCAUGCAGCAGUUACUGGACAAAUCUCUGCUCUCAUACGACCUGAAGUUUGUUGAUACUCCUUCAUGCCUCAUCUUACAGAUGCCAAGUUUUGGAAAGAGGUUUAAGACAUUCUCAUCAGUGUAUCCUUCUCUGAAGCUUGAUCUCACAGGCUUAGUGGACCAAGCUCCUCAGAUGUGUUGUGUAUGUGGUGGGCAAGCAACAGCUGGAUGUUCAUGGUGCCACUUGGAUUCCCUCCUGAACCCAAACCACAUGAAACCAUCGAGGAGCAUUGCUAAGAAGGUAGAAACACUGAAGGUGGAAAUGCCAGGGGGAAAGGGAGGAGCUUUGGAAAGGCAGGAGCAAAGGUCAGUUCCAGAUAUGGAGGCAGCCAAAUGGUUAACUUCAGCUUGGCCUCACUAAGGUUCCUGAUGCAAUUUGCUGCAGAGUUGCUACUGUUUGAUUUCUGACAGAGAAAGAACAAGGUGCCAACGUUUUUUGCAACAGGCAGCAGCUCCUCUUAGCGUGAAAUGGCAAAAAUCACCCGUUAAGUUUCAUACAGCUGUUACCGGUACAGGAAUUCUAAAAAGGUGAUAAAUCUACUUUAGUGGGUACAGCCGCUGUGCUGGAGUAGAGAGAAUUCAGACAGAGGUUUAAAUCCCCAUUUGGCCAUGGAAGCUUGCUGGGUGACCUUGAGCCAGUUACUUUCUCUUAGCCUAACCCACCUCAUUAGGUAGUUGUAAUGAGUUUAAAAGGGUGGAGGAGAGACAAUGUUGUAAGCCACUUUGGGUUGUCAUUAGGGAAAAAUACAUUUUCUGCAAUUCUGAAAUCUCACAUCCCUCUCCCCACCUCCCCCAAACUGACUGCUGUCUGCUUGGUUCUUCCAGGCACAUUCUCAUCAGCCCAGACAGAAGCAUUCCUGCACAGAGCAAACACUCAAUAGCUCCUCCACUAAGUCUCAGAUGCUGGAGCUCUUUGCAGUUUUGUGCAUAGAGAGUAACCAUUACGUAGCUUUUGUUAGAUACAGCACUUCCAGACAAUCCUGGCUUUUCUUUGACAGCAUGGCUGGCCGAUCAUGUAAGUCAGCAUCUUGGGGCUUGUUUGUAUUUAUUUUAAACAUUUUUAUAUCACCUUUCCACUCGAAUAGGAUCCCCAAGGCAGAAAACAUGAAAAUAUUAAAGCAGCAUUUAAAAAUAUGAAAUAAUUCUAUAAAAACAUAUAAACACAAUACCAAAACCAGGGAGGAGGGUCAAUCCGAGUUACUGGGGGUACACCAAAUUAAACACCCACUGGCAUAAGACCGUGAUAGAGGAAGACAUACAAUCUCCCUGGAGAGGGAGUUCCAAAGUUUGGGUGCCAUGACAAGAAAGGCCUUUCCUUGGGUUGCUAUUCAUCUAGCUUCAGAUGGUAGGGGCACCCAAUGCAGGGCCUCUGAAGAUUACUGCAGUGAACAGGUAGAUUCAUAUGGAAGGCCCUUACGGGAUGCUGGCCCCAAAGGCUUUAAAGGUUGAUACUAGAAGCUUCAGUUGAGCCCAGAAGCAAUUUGAGAGGCUGUACAGAUGGAACAACACAAGACUGGAGUGAUACAAUCCCUAUGACCCAAUCCAUUCAACACUCUGGUCACAGCAUUCUGUACCAACUAGUUUCCAGUCUUCAAGGGCAGCCCCACACAGACUGCAUUGCAGUAAUCUAAUCUAGUUGUUGACAGGGUAUGCACCAUAGUGGCAAGAUUCCCCUCCCCCAAGAAAGGGCUGAAGCUGAUGACCCAGGCCACCUGUUUAUCCAACAGGAGGCCUGGGUCCAGGAGCACCCCCCAAGCACCCCCCAAGCUAUGAACCUGCUCUGUUAGGGGAAGUGCAACUCCAUACAACCUGGUCUUCUCAGGAAAUAGUUCUCAAUCAGUAGUAUGUGUACCACUAGGGGAUGCAUAAGUAGUCCAGCAAGUAUCUUUAAUGUCCAAAUUCCUGCCAAUUCUACCUGCCAGAAAUGAUCUAUUAGGCUUCUGCGUUUUUUUCUGUCCUUAAUACUGAUGUACAUGAUAAAUAUAAUAAUAGAAUGUCUGUAAAAACGUGUCCUUCACGGAAAAGUGGGCUUUUUGUUUCUAUCGCAGUGGGACCUAGGUUCUUUGACAGGGGACUGAUGAGACAUAAGAUACAAAAGGUUGAGAACCACUCUUCUAGAAGAUACACAAGCCUUUGAGCUACUGGCACGAACCGCGGCCGACUCAUUGUCAACUAACGGAGGAUCCCUUAGAUCGGGUAGUUCAUGAGCUGCCUGUUGGAGAUCCCUGAUCUAGACCUGGAGUCCUCAAAGUUUUUCAGCCUGUGAGCAGCUUUGGAAUUCUGACCAAAGGUGGUGGGCACAGCCACAAAAUGGCUGCCACAAAAGGCACACAGAGGAAGCCCAAGUGUAUAGGAGAAGAAUUUAAAAACUGAGAAAGAGGAAUGAGAGAAAAUAAACACUAGUGCUGGGGUGGUUGCUGCUGCUGGAACAAUGUCAUUUUAAUCUGCACAGCCAAUCAGAAGCCCUAUUGUGCAGGAGCCCCACCUACUUUCUAAAAAGAAGUAGCAGGCACAAGGAAAGGUGCCACACUGGGAGACCCCUCAUCUAGACAUUUAAAAAAUCUAAACAAAAUACUGGUAGCAGUGAUUUGGGGUAGAUUUUACUUUUUUGGUUUUAAAAUUGUACAUUUUUUCAACUAGAUGUUUAAAGUUUUAAUAUUAAAAUUAGCCUUAUUAAUUUCUUCCAAAGCACUGAUAAGCGUUACUUAGCCCCUUAGUAGAUGGCUGUUCCCCAGCCUAAUGUUAAGUUUCUUCAUUUUUCAUGUCCUGUUGACGGAUUGUGUGUUUGGUUGAUCUCUCACUAAGAGAUCUCUGUCUUUUGGUGCUACACCUCUGAAGAUGCCAGCCACAGCUGCUGGCGAAACGUCAGGAACUACAAUGCCAAGACCACGGCAAUACAGCCCGGAAAACCCACAACAACCAUCGUUCUCCGGCCGUGAAAGCCUUCGACAAUACAUCGAUUGUGUGUUUCUUUAGGGCAUGAGAAAAGAUCGCACAUUCCCACAGUGAAGACCUGUCCUCAGCUUGGACACUACCUGGCAAUGUCACCAGAGCAGAUUUCUACU